UUCGGUUUCCGGGUUCAUCCAUAAGAGGGCGGCAACAUACACCGGUAACAUAACUUCUAAAGAAUGUCAAGCGAAAAGUGGUGUGUGUUGUUUGAGCCGAUAUCUCUCAAAACAGUUUGAAGAGAAAUUUGUGGAAUAUCCAAAAGUUUGUUUCAGCUGGCUGUGAAAUUUGACAUAAAUUGUUACGAUCCAGGAUUAGGGUGAACCUCGUAAACUCUGUCAUAAUUGCCUUUCAAGCAACAUGGGAAACUGCGUGCACAAGUGUCAGAAAUUCAAUUUGGAACCAGUGGCAGACAUUGCCCUUAUAGGGCUGGCAGUGAUGGGGCAGAACCUUAUUCUUAAUAUGAAUGACCAUGGAUUUGUGGUCUGUGCUUACAACCGCACAACAGAAAAGGUAGACAAGUUUCUGAAGAAUGAGGCCAAGGGAACAAAAGUAAUCGGAGCACAUUCCCUUGAAGAAAUGGUUGCAAAACUUAAGAAGCCACGACGUGUUAUGAUGCUUGUCAAGGCUGGUCAGGCUGUGGAUGAUUUUAUCGAUAAACUUGUCCCACUUUUGGAGUCUGGAGAUAUUAUUAUUGAUGGUGGUAACUCUGAGUAUGCAGACUCAAGAAGAAGGUGUGCUGCCCUUAAAGAGAAAGAAAUUUUAUUUGUUGGCUCGGGUGUAAGUGGAGGAGAAGAAGGUGCUCGAUAUGGACCAUCUUUGAUGCCAGGGGGAGCACCAGAAGCCUGGCCACAUAUUAAAGAAAUAUUCCAAGGUAUUGCUGCUAAAGUGAAUGAAGAACCAUGUUGUGACUGGGUUGGUGAGGAUGGUGCUGGACAUUUUGUGAAGAUGGUGCACAAUGGGAUAGAGUAUGGAGAUAUGCAGCUCAUCUGUGAAGCGUAUCAACUAAUGAAGGAUGCUCUGGAAUUAAGUCAUGAUGACAUGAGUGAGGUACUUGCCGAGUGGAAUAAAGGAGAGUUGGAUUCUUUCCUCAUUGAAAUCACGAGUAAUAUUUUAAAAUACAAAGAUACAGAUGGUGAACCGUUAAUCACAAAGAUACAGGAUGCUGCAGGACAGAAAGGAACGGGAAAGUGGACAGCAAUUUCGGCUCUGGAAUACGGUAUUCCCGUGACACUAAUAGGAGAGUCUGUGUUUGCCCGAUGCUUGUCAUCUCUUAAGGAUGAACGAGUGGAAGCAAGCAAAGUGCUACAGGGUCCAAGUAACGCCACCUACCAAGGAGAUAAGAAAGAAUUUACAGAAAAUAUAAGAAAGGCCUUGUAUGCAUCAAAGAUUGUGUCAUAUGCCCAAGGUUUUAUGCUUCUCAGAGAAGCAGCAAAAGUAUUUGAUUGGAACUUAAACUACGGAGGGAUUGCUCUGAUGUGGCGAGGAGGUUGUAUAAUUCGUAGUGUGUUUUUAGGAAACAUUAAAACUGCUUUUGACAAAAAUCCCAAACUCUCAAACCUACUACUGGAUGAGUUUUUUCGAGAUGCUAUCCAAGACUGUCAGGAGUCCUGGCGUCAUGUCAUUGCCACUGCUGUCAACUUGGGUAUACCUACUCCGGCAUUUAGUACGGCCCUGGCUUUUUACGAUGGCUUUCGUUCGGAGAGAUUACCAGCAAAUCUUAUUCAGGCACAAAGAGAUUACUUCGGUGCACACACUUAUGAACUUUUAUCAGAACCAGGAAAGUUUAUCCACACCAAUUGGACGGGGCAUGGAGGAAAUGUCUCAUCGACUACAUACAAUGCUUGAGUCUUGAGUUACAGUUAAGCGGAAAAGUUAAAAAAAUUUGAGGAACAAAACUAAAAGAUUAAGUUCUGAGUUUUAUUAGUUUUUAACAAAUGGAACAUCAUAUUUAAUAUGCUAUUCAGGUUUAUAGUCUAAAAUAUAGAAGUUAUCUUGUUGUAAAUUAAUCAUUUUGUUAUUAGAUUGCAAAGUUUAAGUUGUUUGUGUAAAGGGUUGUAAUGUAUCCAUCAUGUCCUGUAAAAGUUGAAAUGAAAAUCUGUUUUUUCACAA